AUGGAUUGGAAGUAUAAUAGUCAUUUGAAUCCUACACGUUCUUCAUUAUCUCUUCAAUUAGAAAAUGGGUCAUUUUUAACAAGUGACACUUGUAUAGAUCACAUACAAUUAGAUGAUUUGGUAGCACCAACGCAUGAUUGUUCCUGUUUUAAACUACCUCCAAUACGAUUAAAAACAAGGAAAUUACAUCAUCGUCAUAAAGACAGUCAGUCCAGUGAAAAAUUAGAUUCUAUUUACUCUAGAUCUAGUUUACCGAAUAAUCAAAUUGCAGUUAAUACAAGUACAGGAAAACCACAGCAACAAACACAAUCAAUCUACCAGCCAAAUGAAUUAAAUAAUGACACAACACAACAAUUGUCUCAACAGAAUCCAACUAAUAAACUCAGUAUAUCUUCAAUUAAAUUAGAAGUUCCUGUAUUACCUUUUACAAAUCAAACACAGGAUAAUACACAACAGGUUAAUCAAAAUAAACUUCAAUGGGCAGUAAAACGUUUGUACAAAAAACAUGACUGGAAAAUUAUUGGAACACAUAAAAAGCAUACCGAACAAUUGAAACAUUUAUGUUGGCAAAUUCUAUGGUAUUUUCUUACUACAGCAUUCCUUAGUACAUCAUUUGUUUGUUUUAUAGAAUGCGUACCAAAUAUCUAUGUUUACACUUACUGGGAUAAUUCAACUUUUCAGGAACUUGUAAAUCCUCCGUCAUUGGCUUCUUAUACUAUAUCAUUUUGGUUAAUUUUAAUUUACCCGAUAUACCUCAUUAUCAAUUUGUUAUUCCGUUUGGAAGCAUUUACAAUCACUGAAAUGAUUAUGAAUCAUGCUAUCAUCGUAGCAAGUGACCAACCAAAAAUUAUGAAAAUUAUUGCUAGAUGUAGUCUUUUAUCAAGUUUAUGGCAAAUAUUUAUACACUGUUAUAUUCGCAGUUUAAGAAUUAUAACACCAAUUGAUUGUGCCGCUAUCACAGCUGUACUCCCUUGUUUUUUAUACUUAUUAUGCUGGAUUAUUGUACAUAGACGAUUUUGUGCUUUACGGGUCAUUGCAUUCAUUAUGGCUUCCAGUGGGGUAAUCUUGAAUAUAUACAGUGAUCAAUUGGUAAUGUGGUAUAAAUGUCUUACUAGUGUGUCGAUAAUUAUCUUUUCAUUAUUUAUAGUUAUUUUGAAACGUAUUAUUAAUAAGCCUACUGUUGGACAAAUGGCUUGUUUUUAUUUCGCAUUGGGCUUAUUUAACAUUUUAACUACUUGGCCGAUUUUUGUAUUCACCUCUAUUCUGACCUCAACAGAAAUAAUAACUUGGAUAUAUUUACCAUGGGAUUAUUUUAUUGGUGUAGGAAUUUCAUAUUUAGGUAUCACUGUUUUUAUGGAUAUGAGUUGUCGUAAAACAAAACGAAUCAUAAGAGCUAUUCAACCAUUAUGUGCUUUACCUAUUUGUAUUAUUUAUGAAUUAUUUUGGAUGAAACGAAUAUUGAUUAUGUCUUCAGUACAAAUUUCAAGUUUAAUUCUGAUUACUAUUGCUUGUCUACUGAAUGCAUUUCCAACUAGUUGGCAAAAGCAUAUUGCAAAAAUAUUAAAAAAGAAUCGUUCACCAAAAUCUCAACCAAGCACUAAUAAACGUUCUAUUAGUUUAAUACAAAGAAAUAAAACCUCUAUGAUUAUACCAUCUUCAGGAAGUACACCUGUAUCUAGUAUACAACGUUCAUCGAUUAUAAAUGUGAAUCCAACUACUUUAAACACCAGUUAUAAUAAUAACAAUAAUCCUGCAAUUCGUCCAUUAAGUGCUGGUUCAAUACGUCAUGGAAGUAUUAUUAAUUCUUUAAAAACAAAAGUUUAAUCUCAGAACAUAAUCAGUUUAUCAAUAACAUUAAUCUUUCACCUUCUACAUUAUUUUCAAUUCCUGUUUGUUGUUGUCUUUUAUUCUUCACUUUCUUUUACUGUUUCUAUGACGAGCUCUUUUUAUAAAGUAUGUACAUAUUUAUUACAUUUUUGUGUAUUAUUAUUAUUACUAUUAUCAUCAUUACCCGCUUCUUCCAUCGUUGCCUACUUUUACUUCUACUUCUUUUUUCUUCUUUCAUUUCUUAAUUAAAAUUAAUGUAUCAAUUUUUCAAAGGGAUACUUUAGAUUUCUCAAAUUAUUUAAAUUAUAAUUUGCUUAUGUGUUUUAAGAGGAGGAAAAAAACACACAACAAAACACAACACAAUCAUUAGACUAUUGAAAGAAUCUAGACAAACCAUAUAGAGUUACUAAUUCAUUUGUUUCUUAUUGCAUUCGUUCUAUAUUUUCACUAAUGAUUUUAACUAAACAUAAACAAAUUCAUUAUACCAUUAAACAAAGAAAGAAAGAAAGAAAGAAAG